UGCCUUCCCUCAGAGCAGCAACGUAGCGCAUACACCCUCUUUCUUGGCGCUCUCUCUCCACAUCAAGAUUCCUUUCCUCACUUGACAGUCCUUUCCCUCUGCUCGUUAGACGAUUGGAAGCAUGUGCGCCGAGAUCUGCGAAGCCCUUUGCAUGGGAUGGAUCUUCUCGUGGUGGUACAACAGUACGCUGGGCCAGAACUGCUGCCUCUGCUGCGACAAGUGCUGCCGCUGUCGUUUCCUCGACGACGAUGGGCCUCUACCGGAAGAGGAAACCAACAGACCACGACGUGCUCAGGGCACUACCAGAGCUGAGCUGGAGGGAGAUCAGGGUGGAGAGAGUUUGCCGAAGUAUGAGGAGAACACGGGGAUGAAGAUGGCCCAGCCGGGUGCACCGCAGGCGAGCAUGCCCCUCAGCGCCGAUGGGCAGGCCGAGGCUGGACAAGGACCGGCUACGGAGCGGACAGACGCAACUGGGCAUUAGAAGAAUCUCACUCAUCCCCUGAUCGCAAAGGAGAGCCUUCUUUUGUCGUUUGGCUCCAUCCCACCUUACCUCGGCACACUUGGUUCUGAACCCAUUUCUUGCUGUAUUCGUGUACAUAUUGUAAUUCAAGCACUCCCCUUUUGGUUCUCAAUCUGGAACCUGUCACAAACCUCAUUGGACAGUCUGGAGGUAUUGGAUGAUGGUAAAUGUCGA